GGCUUUCCUUUGAGCUAGGGGAGUGGGUCAGAUAAUAUGGGUAACGAAUCAAAAUUUAGAGUUGAGAUACAUGUUGUGCUAUCAUCCUGUCUGACUGUAUAUUGUAUGUGUAUCAAUAUAUGUCAUGUAUAUAUAUUGACUGUGUGAUUGUUUGCAUGUGAUUGUUAUCUGUCUGUUACAUGUGUACAUGUGAUUGGGACAGUCAAUUUGGCCUGUGAGAAUUGUUAGCUUUAUUAUUAUUGUCCUGACCAAAGAAUUUUUUGGGCGUGAAAUUCUGAGGUUUUUUUUGCGUCACCAAAGUGGUUUUUUUUGCUGCUUUCGCUUCUGCGACAUUUAUUUGUCGCUUCAAAAUCUCAUCUCAGGAGUAAUCAAUCAUUACAACUAAGUCGUGAAUUAACAAAAUAAAUUAGGAUUAAUUAAUCUAUACAAUGAUGAUGAUGUUGGAUCAUCAUUCCACUGAACAUCAUAAUGGUUUAGAUCCGAAAUCCGAUACAGAUAUUGGGAUAGUUAAUUCUAACAUAUUAUGUGAAUCUAGACGACCAAAUUCUAAUAUUCCUAAAGUAAAUGGAGAUUUCACACAUAAUACUUUUCAUUCUUCACCAACAUAUCUUUAUCCACUUGAUCGACAUUCCGCUCCAGCAUCCACAAAUAAAUCAAUCUCACGUCAAAUAACACCGAAUGAUUCAUGCCAUGAAAGUACUUUACGUUUGCACGAAGAUCGUAAACUAUUCAUUGGUAUGUUAGGAAAACAUCAAACUGAGAAAGAUAUUCAAAAUUUAUUUUCACCUUAUGGGCUCAUUGAAGAAUGUACAAUUUUACGUGAUCAAAAUGGAUUGAGUAAAGGUUGUGCUUUUGUGAAAUACUCCUCGAGUACAGAAGCGGCAAACGCUAUCGAUCAUAUGCAUAAUAGUCAAACAAUGCAAGGUGCUUCUUCUCCAUUGGUUGUAAAAUUUGCCGAUACAGAGAAAGAACGUCAAGUUCGCAGACAGCAUCAGCAGAGCACGACAAACGGUUCUUGUUCUCCGGUGUCAGGGCAUUCUACCAGUACAGGGAUGACUAAUGGUCACUUAGAUGGGUCUCAUACAUCAAUGCAACAAUAUAAUCAACAACAAUCUCUUCGAACUCCAAUUACGAAUAUCACGGAGGCGUCUAAUAUGGCGGUAGCGGCGGCCGCCGCCGCAGCCGCGGCUAAUGCAUUUCAACAAUCACUUGUUGCGUCUAAUGUUACACCAGGGUAUUUACAAUUCCCGCCCGGUUUAUUUCCUACCGCUUCAUCAAAUGCUAGCCCUGUUCCUAAUGGUUUCCAAAGUUCAGUUACUCAAUUUACUCAACAGCAACAACAUCAACAGAGUCAAGUAGCUCAGCAAGGAUCAGCUUCGGCUUAUUUUAAUCCUAUGGCAGCUUUCAUGGCGGCUGCAGCUGCAAUGCAAUAUGCCAAUCCACAAUUAUCAACUGGUAUAACAGAAAAUCCAUCAAGUCGUUCAACAUCUAUUCCAUUACAAUUGAACACGAUUGUUAGUCAUCCUACAAUCGGUGUUGCUCAUCAGCAUAAUCCACUUACAGGAACUAAUCAUUCAGUACCGAAUGCUUCAGCGUUAGCAUCAUUGGCUGCCGGUUGUCCAGCCACUACUUUACAAAAUAAUACACUUCCUCAAUUAGCUUCAUUGUUCCCUUUGACAGAUGUCGCUCUAUUAUCUCCAGCCGCUUUAGCUGCUCUUACUCAAGUUGGCGCGGGUGCAGUUAAUGGAGGUUUAUUAACUGAAGCUGGAGUUUCCGUUAAUAACGAAUUUAACAAUGCGUUUGGUACUGGUUUAUUAGUUUCUGCUUCACCAUCCACAAUAUCACCGCCGAGUUUCGCCAGCAUAGGUAAUGGUACUACCCAAGGUCAACAACCAGUUUCUAUCUCUUCAUCAACUGGUAGUGUUUUACCAAAUGUUUCUCUUGGUGCAACUGCUAAUAUCUUGGUCUCAUCUCCAGGAAUGGUUACUCCGGUUGCUUCUACACCUCCUACCGUUAGUCCGGCUAUUUUACCGUCACCAAUAACAAAUGAGCCUGUAGGUUUGUAUGCAGCCGCUGUCGCUUUACAGAAUUCAACUGCAGUAGGUCAUACAAAUGCGAACGGAUUACAAUUUCCUCAAUUACAUCCAUCGUUUGCAGCAGCUGCCGCCGCCGCUGCCCAGUCAAUGACACCAUCUCCAGUGAACACUGCACUGAAUUCGUAUUUCACAGAAAAUGCAGCUUUACAAGCGGCGGCGUUAGCUGCCGCUGCAGCCGCGUCUGGUCAGUCGUUUACUAAUGAUCCUAUCGUUCAUCAACUCUAUGCUGGUCUUCAAGCUUACGGGUUAGCGUAUCCUACUGGAGGUGCCGCAUAUACCACUUUUCCUAAUCUACAUCAUCAAGCUUUAUCAAUGCCUGUUCAACAGAAAGAGGGUACCAGGGAACUGAUAUUAACAGGUCCUGAAGGAUGUAAUCUAUUCAUUUAUCAUUUACCACAAGAAUUCGGUGAUAAUGAAUUGGCUCAAAUGUUUAUGCCAUUUGGUACAGUGAUCAGCGCCAAAGUUUAUGUUGAUCGAGCUACUAAUCAAAGCAAGUGUUUCGGUUUUGUCAGUUUUGAUAAUCAUACAAGUGCUCAAAAUGCAAUUCAAGCAAUGAAUGGUUUUCAAAUUGGUAUGAAACGAUUGAAAGUACAGUUGAAGCGUCCUAAAGAUAGUCGUAAGCCCUACUGAAACAGUCUCGGUCGCUCGGGUACCUGCUUUAUGAGGUGUAUGUAAUGGAUUGUUCCUCCUUCCUUUUGCUCUCUCCUUCUAUUCCUGAAAAAUCUCAACAACACAGGUUAACUACAUUUUUGUUGUUAUACUCUCUUCUAAUUGAUACUAUUCAUCUGCCGGCUUCCAUCUUGAAUCGUAUGAUGGUAACUACGUGUGUCAAUCUAUGUUAUGGCUCUAUUCUUUUCAUAUGCUCAAAUUUCUGCUCCUCCUAAAUUAUUUUUGCUAACUUCUGGAGUGCACACAUUUGUCUCUCUCUGCCUCGCCCCCUAUUCUUUAGCAUUAUUCUUCACCAUUUAAUCUAUUGUAUGGUCUAUUUUUAUUAUUACUAGGCGGUCAGUUUAAAAAAUGUGUUGAUCUAGAUUCCUCUUUAUUUUUAGUUUCCUGAAAGAGAAUCAAAUUGAAUUUUCUUCUCCGUUUUUCCUUGCUUUGAUGUUGUGUACUCUGUCUCCCUCUCUGUAUGUGUGUGUCGGGUGUCUCUCCCCACUCGGUUCGAUUAAUCUCUGCAAUACAAUAAAUACAAAUAAACAGAAACAAACACAGAAUUUUGAUAGAAAAAAAACCCUGAUACAUUCAAUAUGGCAUUGUAGCGAAAUAAGAGCCACUCUCCAUUCACAGUAUACAUUUCAAUGGGUCUUGUUCAUUGACCAUGUACUAUUUUCACUGAUUCAUUUUAAUAAUACACAGAAAUAUUAAUUGAAAGUAUGCGUAACGAAAAAAGGGAGAGAAAAUUGCAUUAUUAUUAUUAUUAUCCCAUCAUUAAGAUGACUGUUAAUCUAUUGUUUUAUUGUAUGCAGCCUCAGUGUUGUUUCUAUGGUUGUUGUCGUCAUAUGAGGAGGUGCUUUUUCUUCUUUCUUGUGUUUCUCCAUCUUCCACGUUUUUCUUUCUUUUCGUCUUUGAAUAUAUUUUGUUAUAAUGAUUGGUGGUUUGUUUGGCUCUCAUUCUUUCUGUCGGGAAAUGAUAAUUGUAUUCUGCUCAUUCCUUCGAUUUUCACUGAGACAAAAUAGGGAGAGGGAGACAAACACACACAGGUAUAUGCAUAUUUUUACAUGAUAAAUGAAUUGUCCAUAAAUAACAGAUUUUGCUUAAUUAUCUUUGUUGUAAAUGACCUAUUGUCGUCAUCACUACUGUUGUAGAGUUGUUGUGUUACUUUUGUGCAUUACUGAGUAUUUUGUUUGUUUGUUGAUAAAACACCUUUUUUUCCCAUAUGGCAUAUCGUUUCAUUAUGAUUGAAUAUUUUUUCAAGAGAAAAAACAAACAAACAAUUUAAACAUUCCGCUUACUGUGGUUAUUUGUUUCUCUCGACGAUUUGGUUCUCUCUCUCUCUCUCUCUCUCUUCAACGAUCGAUGUUACAUUCGUUUAUAUUUGUGUUCGUCACGAGUUUCAUUUGCAUUUUUAACAUUUUCCAUCUAUAUUAUCGCUAAUAAUGUUGUGUAUGAGCUCUGGCACGUUCAUUGAAUAUAAUCACAAUAGCAAUUCUAUUUCAUAUAGUACAUUUAUAAUUGAUAGUAUCCAUUUUGGUUACUUAUCCAUCCAUUUAUCAUUAUUCUUAUUAUCUACUUAAAUGAUCUAUUUUAAUGAUGAAUAAAUAGCAAGUUGAUUAUCAUUAGUAUCAUUGCAAAAAGAAAAAAGAAAAAAAAAACAUACACAACAAAUGAAGAAACUAGAUUGUUUUCGACGAUUUUUCUCCUUUUCUUUUUUGAUGACCAAUUAUUUACCUCCAUUAUAUAUACAUUAUUCUUUCAAUAUAUUUUUUAAAAACAUAAUUUUCAUCCAUUUGUCUUUGCUACAAACAUUCCUUUAGUUCAAUUAUAGAAAUGGAACACAUUUUGUGAGAUGAUUUUUUGUUGUUGUUGAUACUCAUGUGAAACGCUUUCUACACAUCGACUACGAUUGUUACAAUAACGGUAGAGGUGAAAUAAAAGAAGGAUAUUUACAGGCUGAAGUCCUACUGUUGUUGUUGUUGGUGAUGAUGAUGACGGUGUUUCUAUAUUGUUGGUAAAAACCAUAGACAUAUUUCUCUUAUUUUUCUAUACCAUUAUAUACUACUGAUAAGCAAAUUGUUGUUUUCCUUCACACACUCUCCAUGUUUUACUACCCACAUACCCUUAUCCUUUCAUUCACAUGGUUAUCUGAUCCACACACUUCAAAAUACACAGAGACAAACUUAGAGAAAAUCUUAAUUUCACUCCCAAACAAAGUAGACGGGACAUUAUUAUAUACAGCGCAAUACAACAUAACAGACAAGUGAAAGCUUCAGAGGAACUAAGCAAAACGAAUGCAUUUAAAUUUAUUUUUGUGCUGUAAUUUACUAGGGUUUUUUUGUUGUUACCGAUGAUUAUGUUGAUGAGACCGCAUGAUUUACAUCUAUACCUCUUUACUUCUCUUCUGAUGAAUAUAUAUAAAUGCGAUUGUGCUGUUUUCCUGUAUGCGUAUAACUGAGUAUGUGGUUGAGAUUUUAAAGUGUGUGUGUGUGUGUGUGGAAUGAUCGGAUAUACGUUAAACAGUGAUAUAAUGGUCAAUAAUGAUAUUAGAUUUACCGGUUUCUUUUUCAUAGAUAUAUCUUCAUAAUCCGUCUAUUCAACCCGCAAAUCGAUAAAUAAAUAAUUAAAUGGAUGUGGAUACACUAUGAUAUAUGCAGAAAUAAGAUUGUUCUUUACACAUACACACAGUGGUACUUCGUUUUCAGUUUUGGAGAAAAUGCACAUCACUACUGUCUCCGUUUCUUGUUUCCCCUCUUAGGCGUUUUUUUAUUACUACAUAUUAGUCAGUUUUGCUCUCCCUAACCGAUUCUAUCAUUUUUACUACCAUGAUGAAUAUAUAGUGUAUAAUGUUAUAUGCCUUUCAUUUUUACAAUUUCUAUGAUUCUUAUGUUGAACACACUUUAAAAGAAAUACACAUGAAUACAAUUUUCCAAUACAUCACUUACAAGCAAACUGUACGUGAUAAUGUUAAUUAUAAUACUAACACUACUAUGACUAUUAAUGAUGAUGAUAAUAAUACUAAUAAUUCUUUACAAUAAACGUGUUCUUUUUCUUCUCUCCGAUUGGCAUUGUCGAAGUGUAUAACUACAAAUAAUUGUAUAGAUGCAAUAAUGGAGUAAUGUUAGGAAUGUUAACUUACUGAUUAAAACAGUUGAUUUUCCAAUGAAAGUCGUUCUGGAUCUAAACUUUCUUGCUUUGUCUACGUU